AUGAAGUAUAAUAAAAGAAAUAUAAAUUCAUUAGUUGAAAAUGUGUGUAAUGAAAAUAUAAAAAAAUGUGAAAACAUUAAAAAUUUAAUUAAUUUAUUGGAUAAAUACACAUCACAUGAUGAUUUAGAUGAUAUAAGUGAUUUUUUAGCAAGCUCAUAUAGAGAUUUUUUAAUUGACUCUAUAUAUGAAGAAAUAAAAUAUUCUCCUAAAUAUGAAACAAAUCAUUUAAUUUGUAUUUGUUUAGAUAUCAUAAAAAAUAAUCAUAAAAUAUUUAAAUAUCAAAAUAUUUAUUUCAUAUGUUUGAACACUUUAUUUUUAUUAUUAAAUGGAUUUUUUGAUAAUAUAAAUUUUAUUGAAUUUACAGCAUUUAAAAUUUUCCUUGAUUUAGUUAAUCAAAAUGAAUGGGCAGAAGAUAAUAACAUCCAAAUAUUUGCAAAAUUAAAUUACAUCAGUCUUUUUAUAAUAUCAAAUACCUUUAAAAAGUAUAUUUCAAAUGAUGAUAAUUUAGCUGCAUUUUCUUUUAAAAAAAUUUUGAAUAACAUAUCUAUACAAGGGUAUGUUAAUGGAAAAGGAAAUUUUAUUAAAAAUAGUAAUACUUAUGGGGAAAAUGAAACAAAUAAAAAUAUUGAUGGUAAUAAUUCAGAAAUAGAAAAAUAUUUUUACUUUAAUUCUUUAAUUAGAAAUCAUAAAUUAAAUAAAGUAUUCCCCGAAAUAAAUCAUAAAAAUAUAAACAGUUUAAUUAAAUAUAAAGACAACGAAAAAAUAAUAUAUAAAAAAAUUAAAAUUAUUAAUUAUAAAGACAAUAUAGAAAGUAAAAUCGUAUCUAUUGAUAAAAAAUUUACUCCCAUAUCAAAUAUUAUAAGUGAUAAUUUAAUUUUACAAAUAUAUAAAACAAUUAUUAAUUUAUUAAUAAAAUAUGAUUUAACUAUUUAUAUUAUAUAUGAAUGUAUAAAUAUAAUUUUAAGUUUAUGCAAAUUAUACAAUCAAGAAUUAAUUGCUUUCGAUUUUCUAAUUGUUUAUAAAUUUUAUGUGAAAAAUGAUAAAAAAAGUUCAGAAAGAUUUAUCAUAUUUGUUAUUCUUUUAAUUAGCAAAUGCAAAAAUGAACAUCAAAAACGUUUAUUUUUGAAGUUAAUAAAAUCUUUUAAUUCCUUUUUAUACUUACUUAAUAUAGAAAAUUCCGAUAUAUGUAUGUUUACCAAAGAGGCUUUAUUAACUUUAAAAUUUCUAAACUUUCAACUUCAUAAUAAAGAAGUAGUAUCAAAAGAAAAUGAUGCACAUAAUAUAAAGGAAGAUAAAAGGUUAAGUUUAGAAAAUGAAUUUAUUAGAAUAAUGAAUUUAAUUUCAUUGCAUUUAAAUUAUAUUUAUGAUGUUAGUACGAAAAAAAAAUUAGAUACAAAUAUAAGAGAGCUUAAUUAUGACAAUUUUUUUAAAAAUUUAGGUAUAGAUUUUUUGAUAAAAAAUUAUAUAAAUGAACAAAUUAAAAUAAAAAAAGAAAAAUUAUUUUAUAAUUAUAGAAAUAGAUUGAAUAAGGAUACAAUAAUCAAAAAUAAUAUAAAUGAAAUAGAAAAUAUGUUAAAAACUUUUGAUUGUUUCUUCGUUUUUCUUCAUGACGUUAAAUGGUAUAUGUGCUUUAUUUUUUUUUUCAUAAAUACUUUGAAUUCAAUAAAAAAAAUAAAUAAAAAAUUAUCUUUUAUAUUUUCAAAAGAAUUUUUCUUUUUAAUAAAAAAUUUAUUUAUUCAAGCGAUAUAUAUGUUUGAAAAUAUAGAAAAAAUAGAAGGAAUAUUAAUAAACGAAGAAAUGAAUGCAAUUAUAGAAUCUCUAUAUAUUGAAAAUGAAAAAAAUUAUAAUAGAAGUAAAAUAUUAAUAUUUGAAGAAAAAAAAAUAAAAAAAAUGAUUGAAAAUAUUAAAAUUAAAAGUAAAUUAAGAAAUAUCAAUUUUUUAUUUAUACUCUUAGAGGAUUUGUAUUUUGAUAUUAUUAGUUUUCUAAUGCCAAACAAACAAAAAUGGACCUUUUUUGAUUCAUCAAAUUUCUAUUUUUUUAAAAAACUUUUAUUAAGAAUAUCUCACUUUUAUUAUAAAAAUAUGAAGUGUGAACAAUUCAUUCAGAUAUUUUUUUUUAAGAGUUUUUUUAGUAGAAUAAAAAAAAAAAUAAAAUAUGAACUACAUAAUAAAAAAAUUGAUAUUUGUAUUUAUCAAAAUGAGUUAUUGAUUCACAAUAAAAAUGCUAAAUGGAUAUCCAUAAAAUCAAGAUACAUAUUACCAAAAAUUUCUGCAUAUUUUACUUUUUGUUUAGACUUUUUAAAAACAUUUACCUUAUUUGAUGAAAAAAAUAAUAAUAUUUUAAGGAAAAGUAAAGAUAAAAAACGUAUUAUAAAUAUAUGUAAAGUUCAACUGUUAAAGUAUAAAUUUUUUUUAUCUGCAAAAAGUUCAAAUAACUGCUUUUCCUUAUCUCUCAAUGUUUUAUAUCAUUUAUACUUAAACAUUUAUAAAAAUAAACAAAGUAAAAAAAAUAAAAAAUUAUUAUAUGAUAUUAUUCUUUUAAUAUUUUUGUGUACUAAGAAAUCAUUACAUAGUAUUAAAAAAGAGAAUGCUAUCUUUUAUAAUAGUGAUUUAAUAAAACAUAAAAGUUAUCAUAAAAAGAAAAAAAGUACUAAUAGCACUUUAAAAGAAAUCAAUAAUGUAGAAAAUAAGGAAACGGAGGGCCAUAUUAUUAUUACAAAAAAAUUUGAAAAACCAUAUGAAGAAUACUAUUUAAAUAGUUCAUUACAUAUUUUUAUUACAUGUUUAAAUGUAUUAACUAAUAUAAUUAAAUUAAACAUUGUAAAAAAUCAGAUUCGUCAUAAAAACAUAAUAAUUAAAAAAUAUAAAGUUAAAGAACAAAAAAAAAAACAAUUCAAAUAUUUAAAAAAUAAAUACAAUAUAAUUUCAAUAAAUUAUAAAUAUAUUAGAAAAUUAUGCUAUUAUAUCUUAAAAAAAGCACACACAGAUUUUUUCUAUAGUAUUAGAAAAUAUAUUUUAAAUUUUAUUCAACAUUUUAUUUCGUUAAACACUAUUUUAGUCUUAAAAUACAAAUUUAAAAAUAUUUUAAAUCUGAAAAAAAUUUUUGAUUUUUGUUUUUAUAAUAUUUUUACAGAUUAUGAUUUGAACGUUUUUUCAAUAAUUUAUUCAAUAGCUUUUUCAUUAAAAAAAUACAUAUCUCUUUGUUCAUCAAAGAUUAAAAAAUCUAAUUAUUAUUUAACAAUGUGUGAGGACCUAAUAUUUCAAAUUUUAGAUCAAUACUAUACUUAUGAUUACCCUUCAAUAAAUUUAUGGGAAGAAUAUAUUUCUAAUGUAGUAAGUUUUGAUUCUUUAAAACAUGCAAGAGUAGACUGUCCUGGAGAAUAA